AUGGUAACCCUCAUGAUGAGCGGCGGGGCCAGGCGUCUUGCUCCAUGGGCCACCUGGCACUGGCAAAACCCUAUUGGCGAGGUGAGCAUUGAAUUGCACAAACCGACUCAAAUGAGGGGCAGAGCCAGUUCUCUCAUCGACCUGCCUUUUAGGACCAUUGCCAAGCUCUUGGGCUCAGAUCAGGUCACGCUGAUCAACACACCCAGUAUUAUGCAAAAAUACCUCGGAGAGAGCGAAAAGGCCUUGCGCCAAUACUUUGCACCUGCCGAAGAAGCUGUGGCACGGCUGGGGGAGGCGAGUCCCACAUACGUUUUGAUUUUUGACGAAAUCGACGCCAUCUUUCGAGAGCGAGGCUCUGGUGAUGGAUCGUCUGCCUCCUUGGCGUAUGAUAGCGUGGUCAACAGUCUGCUCACCCUUAUGGAUGGACUCAAGGAGCAAAAUAACAUUAUCGUCAUUGGCAUGACCAAUCAGCGGGGUCUCAUUGACAAGGCGCUUCUGCGACCGGGCCGGUUUGAAGUUCAGGUCGAAAUUGCCUUGCCCGACGUCACUGCUCUGGCCUUUAGAACAGGACGCUUCAGCGGGGCAGAAAUCGCGGGUUUGGUCCGGAAUGCGGCCUCAUUAGCUAUUGCUCGGGCAGAGGAGGCGGGUGCCCCACUUCUGGAUCACGGCAAGCUUAAUCGCGUCUAUCAACAGGUUCAGCAGACCGACUUCUUAAAGUCCAUUGAUGCUAGCGAGCCAGCAUUUACCACGCCAACUCAUACCAUCGCCCGAGACUAUCUUCCCAUGGGCUGGAUGCGCACACGAAAAGCAAAUGAGCAGGUGUUGCACACCCUGCAAGAGCACAUUGCUACGAGCACAAGCCCGGAGGCUUCGACAUCAGACGCGCUGCGCAUUCUUAUCACCGGCGCAGGAGGUGUGUCGCUACGCAUGCAUCUGUUGGGCCUUUUGUUCUGUCAAGGACUGAAGUUUUAUGUGUUUUUAUGGCAUUUACGCCUGUGUCUGGACAUUACCACAGGAGUGGGAAAGACGGCGUUGGCGGUCGUGACGGGCGCUGAAUUGGUGGGCUUGACCGACCUGGGAAAAGUAAAUCGAAUUCGACGGGCCUUUACUUCUGCCCAUGCGGCUCGGACGGCGGUGGUGCUCCUGGAUGAUCUGGAUACCAUUGUCGAGUACCUGCACAUUGCAAAUCAAGCGGUGUUCUCACAUGCUCUUGCCAGCAGUCUACAGGCUCUCUUGGCAAGCAAGCCGCCGCCAAGCUGCAAACUGGUCGUGCUGGCCACCCGCACUGCCAUGCCUUCGCAUUCCGGUCUCCUUCCCUCUACGGCAUUUGAUCUAAAAAAUUUACUGCGAGUGCAAUCACAGGCUGCAACAGCGGGCUGGCAGAGCGAGCGUACCGUGCUUCCCCCGUGGUCGGGUGGCAGGAGGUAUAUGAGCAACUCUUGGCAGCUCAAGGUGUGGACGUGGGCAACGAUGAAGCUAGUCUUGGCGCUCGUGGUGGUAGCGGGCCAGCUGGCCUGGGUGUACGCUACAAUGAUUCGACCGCGCGUUAAGUAG